CCGGGCAUUUCUCCAUUCAAUACAAUGGCGACAUGUCAUGGCAGGAUGUUUCGGUAUCCGGACCAAAACAGCUGAUCGGAUUGCCACCGCAUCGUCCAGCAAUGCCUGCUGUUGCAGUGUUCCGGCGAUAUAUCUGUUUCCUUCCAGGGAGUCUCCCACCCCGCCUCGUUCUUUUUUGGGCUAACUUCCCCCCUCGUUUCAAAACUUUGGAUCCCAGGACAUAAAAGAAAGAAAGCAGACCGUUCCUCGACUUCUGUGUUCCCUCCCACUCUCUUCGUAUCUCCACCACGACACAAAAAGACUCCGCCACCGCUCUCUCUCUCCCUCGCUUUGAUUGGAACAUUAGAAAGCAAAGAAAAAGCCCACGCGACGCGAGCCGCCUCUAUCGUUUGAUUCAAAUUGAACGGUUCAAAGGUAGUGUAAAGAGGAGAGGGCGAUGGUGGCCGGAAAGGUCAAGGCAGCGAUGGGGUUCCAGAAGAGCCCGGUGACCCCCAAGUCGGUGACGCCCCUGCGGUCCUCGUCCUCCCCGAGUUCCCAGAAGGCUCCGCCCUCCAACCACAAGGGCGGCGCCGCCGUCUUCGCCCGCUCCUUCGGCGUCUAUUUCCCCCGCUCCUCCGCCCAGGUGCAGCCGCGGUUGCCGGACGUCGCGGAGCUCCUUCGCCUCGUGGAGGAGCUCCAGGAGAAGGAGUCCCGCCUCCGCACCCAGCUCCUCGAGCAGAAGAUCCUCAAAGAGACCGUCGCCAUCGUCCCAUUCCUCGAGAUGGAGAUCUCCUCCAAGAACGACGAACUCGGCCGGCUCAAUGAGAGGGCCGAGCGCUUGGAGGCGGAGAACGAGGCGCUACGACUCGACGUUGAGAGCUUGCGGUCCAAGAUCGAGGACGAAGAGGAGGAAGGCCGGGGGAAGGAGGAGAGGAUCAAAGAACUGAAGGCGGAGAUCGAGGAGAUGAAGAGGACUGUCUUGGAGCAGAGCUCCGGCGAGUCGAGGAGGCUCUCCGGCGGAACAACGGAGAUCGACGAGUGCUCCUCGUCCCAGAGGUUCCAGGGGCUCAUCGACGCCUCCGCGAGAUCAAAUCUUCUCAAGAACUUGAGAAAAGGCCCAAAAUCCACCGACAUUGCUUCAAAUCAUGAGGUUCAGAAGCCGGAGCUUAAGGAUCCGAAGGCAGAGGAAGGGGAAACCGAAAGGGCCCGACAAUCUCGCUGCGAGCGAGAAGAGAUUUCAAAACCUCGAGCUCCAAGGGUUCCAAGACCACCUCCGAUGCCUUCUAUGUCCUCCAGCUCCACCUGCUUUUUGUCCUCAUCGGAAUCCUCGUCUACCUCUGAGACGACCGCUAUUACAAGAGGCAAACCUCCCAACUUGGUGGGCUUGGCACCGAUGCCGCCGCCGGCCCCGGGAGCCGGAGCGCGGCCUCCUCCUCCGCCUCCGCCGCCACCUCCUCCUGCGAAAGGGUCAAGAUCGGCGGCGGCGUCCGUGAGGCGGGUGCCGGAGGUAGUGGAGUUCUACCACUCGCUAAUGCGGAGGGACUCGAAGCGGGAGUCCGGAAGCGGAGUGCCGGACGCGCCCGCCGCCGCGAACGCGCGAAACAUGAUAGGCGAGAUCGAGAACCGGUCUGCUUACCUCCUUGCCAUAAAGACGGACGUGGAGACGCAGGGGGAUUUUAUUAGGUUCCUCAUAAAGGAGGUGGAGAACGCCGCGUUCGCCAACAUCGAAGACGUGGUCGCCUUCGUCAAAUGGCUCGACGAAGAGCUCUCUUUCCUGGUAUUCUUUGUUACCGUCUUUGCAAUGAAAUGGGAAACGGGGUCCAGGUCAGUGACUGGGAAACGGCAAUUCCAGGUGGACGAGAGGGCGGUGCUGAAGCACUUCGACUGGCCGGAGCAGAAGGCGGACGCGAUGCGAGAAGCCGCGUUCGGCUACUGCGAUCUAAAGAAGUUGGAGUCGGAGGCGUCGUCCUUCCGCGACGACCCCCGCCAGUCCUGCGCUUCUGCUCUCAAGAAGAUGCAGGCCCUUUUGGAGAAGUUAGAGCAAGGGGUCUACAACCUCUCACGUGUCCGAGAAAGUGCGGCGACGAAAUACAAGGGUUUUCAGAUCCCCUGGGGAUGGAUGCUUGAAACUGGAUUCGUCAGUCAGGUACUUUACCAGAUCAAGCUAGCUUCAGUGAAAUUGGCAAUGAAAUACAUGAAAAGAGUCUCUUCUGAGCUUGAGGCCAUAGCAGGCGGUCCUGAAGAAGAGGAGCUCAUGCUCCAGGGUGUUAGAUUUGCCUUCAGAGUGCACCAGUUUGCAGGAGGUUUUGAUGUCGAAACAAUGCGUGCAUUCCAGGAGCUAAAAGAUAAAGCUGGUUCCCUCCGUUACCAGUGCUAAAGCCAAAUCCCAGGCCAAAACCAUCAGCGGAAGCGUGCAGCUCGGCAUCUUGUCAGACUGGCAAGCAGUUUUUUUUUGUAAAGUUGGCCAUAUUGUGCUAAUUGCUAGAGCCAUUUUAUUUAUACGUUCAUCGCCAUUCUAUUUACGUCAUUAUAAGACACCAAACUUACACGAGGAGGAAAGCUGAAAAGUUCAAACAAACUGUUGCUUAGUGCA